CCGGAUCUCAGCAGCUUUACUCAGGCUCCUUCCCUCCUCAUGCGCUCCUCAGACCGGCUCUGGGUCAGACCUUUGACCGCGCUACAUAUCGACGUAGCAGCCAGUUCACAGUUUUUCCGUUUAGAUUUUAAAUUGUUGGGUGUUUGCUUACAUGCAGCGAGAUGUGGUUUAUCUAUUUACUGAGCUGGUUGUCGCUGCUGAUCCAGGUUUCCUUCGUGACACUUGCUAUAGCCGCAGGACUGUACUAUUUGGCAGAGCUUAUUGAAGAAUAUACAGUCGCCACAAGCCGAAUAAUAAAAUACAUGAUUCUGUUCUCGACAGUAGUGCUGGCUGGUCUUUAUCUGUUUGAAGGCUUCCCAGUGUUUAUGGUCGGUGUCGGCCUCUUCACCAACCUGGUGUAUUUUGGCCUCCUACAAACCUUCCCCUACAUCCUGCUGAGUUCACCCAACUUCAUCCUGUCCUGUGUGUUAGUGGUAGUGAACCAUUACAUGGCCUUUCAGUACUUUGCACAAGAGUAUUAUCCAUUUUCAGAGGUGCUGGCAUACUUCACCAUCUGCCUUUGGGUCAUUCCCUUCUCCUUUUUUGUGUCGCUUUCGGCGGGAGAGAAUGUGCUUCCGUCUACCAUGCAGCAAGAUGACGUGGUGUCCAACUACUUCACCAAGGGCAAGAGAGGGAAGAGGUCCGGGAUCCUCCUGGUCUUCUCCUUCCUGAAGGAGGCAGUGCUGCCCAGCAGACAGAAAAUGUACUGAGGAGCCGGACUUGAUGUGCAGCCUCGGGGAUUGCUGGCUGAAGCUAAAAAGAAAGACUGAUGCCAUCACUUUAGUUUGGGAUAAAUGGCCAAAAGAGGAAGAUGAUCACCGGUGACGCAUGGGUGAUGAAGGCCAUGGCAAUACUGAAACAACUACGGACUUAAGGGGUCGGGGGGCUGGUAAGGGUUUUUUUCAGCGCAAAGUUUUCUUAUGUCUGUGUUGAACUGCACUGUCUCAGUCUUGUUUGUCUAUAUUCACAUUCUGGGCUGUGACAAAUACCACGUCUGGUUCAGACUGAGGUGAUGUCCGUCAAGUUGGUACCACUAAAUUCUGUCUUGUCUCGAGCUUCAGUGAAGUAGCUUCUACAGAAGUAAGAUCAAGUGAAACAAAACAAAACAAAAAAGACAAGUCACAGUUUCCAAUCUGGAGUUGGGUCUAAGACUACAGUGUACAUGGUGUUGAAUUUUGAGGAUGCUUGUGCACAAAACUGUGAAUCUUUGUUUGUCUUUGUCAGCUGCCCCUUGACAAAACGAUUCGGACUGUUUUUAAUGAAUCGUAAUAAAGAGAUUUUUUUCGUA